AUGUUUGCGGUUGCCAGGGUGACGGCGUUGCCUGGCGCCGGGGCAGGCUGGGGACCGGAGCCGCCGCGCCAGGCACCCGCGGGCCGGAGCGCCUUCAGCGACCCCACGAAAUCGGCUUUCCAUCGCUCCCAGACACUGGGCUAUAGGAAUGGCUUUGCCUAUUCACGGUUACCAACGGUGGGGAUAGGCAGGGAGCGACUCUAUGUGAACCAGCUCUCCCAGGCCGAAUUAGAUGAACUGUCCAACAAGAGACCCACGCUGACCUACGGGCAAGCCAAGCAGGCCCCACCUUCCGACUUCAUUCCAGCACACGUGGCUUUUGACAAAAAGGUGUUGAAGUUUGAUGCCUAUUUCCAGGAAGAUGUUCCUAUAUCCACAGAAGAGCAUUUCCGGAUCCGCCAAGUGGGUAUUUAUUACUACUUGGAGGACGACAGCAUGUCUGUCAUGGAGCCCAUCGUGGAGAACUCGGGUAUUCCUCAGGGCAAGCUCAUCAAACGCCAGCGGAUUCCCAAGAAUGACCGCGGGGACCAUUACCACUGGAAAGACCUGAAUCGGGGCAUGAACAUCACCAUCUAUGGCAAGACUUUCCGCAUCGUCGACUGUGACCCGUUCACACAGGUAUUUCUGGAGAGCCAAGGAAUUGAACUGAACCCUCCUGAGAAAAUGAUUUUCGACCCAUACACGGAGCUCCGAAAGAUGCCCAUGCGCAUGUACGUCACACCAUCAAGCUUCGACCAACUCAAACAGUUUCUGACCUUUGACAGGCAGGUCCUUCGCUUCUAUGCCAUCUGGGAUGACACCGAGAACAUGUUUGGCGAGAACCGGCCUUUCCUCAUCCAUUACUACCUGGCUGACGACACGGUGGAGGUUCGAGAACUCCACGAACGCAACGAUGGCAGAGACCCUUUCCCGGUGCUGAUCAGACGCCAGCGCUUGCCCAAAAGCUUUGUGGACAAGAUGAAAACCUUCCCCCGCUGCGUGCUGGAGAUCUCCAAUCAGGAGGUGCUGGAGUGGUACACGGUCAAAGAUUUUGCAGUUGGCAAGCCCAUCACCCUCCUGGGGCGCAGCUUCUUCAUCUAUGAUUGUGAUGAGUUCACAAGACAGUUCUAUCAUGAGAAGUUUGGCAUCACUGACUUCCAGCCAGUGGAUGUAAAGAAGAAGGCACCAGAGGAAGUGCCACAGAUCAUUCCUCCCUACAACGGUUAUGGCUUCCUGGAAGACUCCCUGCAGAACUGCUUCUCCCUACUGCCGCAGCCCCCCCGGAAAAACUUUAUUAAGAUGCUAGAGAAUGACCACAAGGUGCUGCGCUAUGAAGUUGCACUGGAAUCGCCAAACCCCGAGGAGAGAAAGCGCCGGUUCAUCCUCUCCUAUUUUCUCUCCACUGACAUGAUCAGCAUCUAUGAGCCACCUGUCCGCAAUUCAGGCAUCAUUGGAGGCAAAUACUUAGGAAAGACCAAAGUCCCCAAGCCAGGCUCCACUACAGAUAACCCCAUUUACUACGAGCCAGCGGACCUCACCAUCGGUGCCACGGUUGAAGUGUUUGGCCACAGGUUUAUCAUCAGCGAUGCUGACGAGUACGUCUUGAAUUACAUGGAAAGCAACGCCGAGAGUUUCCCUGCAACAACGCUGCAGUCUCUGCGGGAUCACUUUGCCCCUCGCCGAACGGCAGUGCAGGCAGCUGAGAGCCAGUCAGCAGCGGGGACGGGCAGGCAGGAACUGGAGGAGCUAGUGAAGCAGGUUCAGGAGCAGCUGAAGCACCAUAACUACUUGAGUAACAGCAGCAUGCGGGAGGCGUUCCUUCACCAUGACAAGGAUGGCUCCGGAUUCCUUGACAAAGCCGAGUUCUUUGCCCUCUGCAACCGCUUCAACCUGCCGGUCAGCGACGCCCUGGUUAACAAGCUAAUCAGACUGUGUUCGCAUGGGGAGAACCAGAUCAGUUACCAUGACUUCAUCAGAGCGUUCUCCUGCUGAGCUGCCCCCGGAAGGGGAGACACAACCUAGCCAAGACUGUCCCAGCUGAAAUGACACAUAUUCAAAGGUUGUACCUCUAGACUCCCCCCGUCACUUCAUUGAGUGCUGCUCGGCCCUUCGGCACCAGGUCACCUCAUCUCUGCCCCACUUACCUUCCUGCCUCACUGAGCUCAAUGUCCCAAAUGCGGGGCCUGCAAGCAGAGCCUGUAGAAAAAGCUUCAUUUGUAUUAAAGAAAUGACUCCACAUCG